UCAAUUGCCGAGACCUCGAAACUUUCUUAUUUCUAGUUUUUCUAGUUUCUGACUAAUAUUUUAAGUGUUUCUGACUAAGUUCUGUGCUUUUCUGCGGUUGCAAUCGCUUAUUGCAACUCGGUAAUGUGCGCUGUGAUUAUUUCGAGUGAAUAGAUCGUGACAAAAGGACAAAUGAUGGUUCCGCAACAGCAAAGGAGAAGACGUCGCCGUGCUGUCCUGGCUCGGACAGCUGAGCGUCGUUUGGUGGUGGCCAGAGGUGCCGGGGGUUUCGGGUUUACGAUAGCGGGGCAGCGGCCGUGCGUUGUGUCGGCGGUGGCGGCGGGCGGGCCGGCGGAAAGAGCAGGGCUUCGGGCUGGGGAUGCGUUGUUGACGGUGGACGGCGCGAAUGUAGCGCGGGCUCCUCACGCGUCGGUGGCGCGGCUGGUGGCGGCGGCGCCGGGGGCCAUCUCGUUAAGUGUGGCGCCAAGAGAGUCGCCGCCGACGGACACCGAGGACACGGAGCCAGACGAGAGAGCGCGUACGAGGAGAAGGCAUCCUCCGCCGCGCCGCAGACCACAGAUGAUGCAUCAUCCAGGCUGCCAUGCCACACCCAGCACAUCAGGUGUCAACGAAAUUCUUCAGAACUUGAGCCGGGCCCAACUGACCCCCAACCAUGUCGCGAGGCUAGAAUGCCGCGCCGUCGUCGGGUACCUAGGCACCAUAGAAACACCCCAGGCUGCAUCCAACGCCGCGCCAGGCAAUGUCCGAACAGCGGUCCGGAAGCUAAGGCAGGAACGACGACCGGCGGCUCCCGUUCUGCUCUCCGUACUCCCCAACGCGCUAUUUCUCAGACGCCCCACUGGCCAAGUCCUAGCACAAUACCAGCGCGAGCGAAUCGUAUACGCCGGCUGCGGUUCCGAAGCCGAUAGACGAUACUUCGGCCUCGUGACGUCAGCUGAAACCGCCGAAGCCGAAGCGUCGCACAGCUGCCACGUCUUCGCAGUCGACCCGCGGAUGGCCGAACACGAGGCUCAUGUUACAAGAGCCAGAGAGUUCCAAAUCGCUUGCACCAGAGACCCGGUCGCGGAGAGAUGUUUGGAGUUCCCACCGUCAGCUGAAUACGUGGUGGGAGUCAUAAAAGGAAUGUACUCGUUACCGGCUGACGAGAGCGGUAGUCCGAGCUUGCAACAAAUUUCAAAAUUGGCAGUGAAGGGGGACAGUCCCUCUGUGGGGAACUUUUCAAGAUGCAAUAGAGCUGCCUUUCGCGUGCCGCGGGAUAGACGCCCUUGUAGACGAGAUGAUGCCAGAAUGGACGGGCAGGAUUUCGUCGCGAAUUCACCUCAGCCGAGCAACCACAGUGAAGUGACAACAACCUCAAGCAACAGUGAUUCGGGGAUCGGGUUCCACAACGACUGUAGAAACAUCGCAGAUCGGAUAUUGGUCGUUGAUUUCGCGCAGCGUCCUGUAGCUGAAGGUUUCAUUCGUCCACGGCGUCCAAUCGGGAUGGUAGGGUGUGGUUUCGACGCGGAUGGUUCAUUCUUAUCUAACGCUACGCCCGUGGUGGACGGGUUUGGAGGGCAGGGGCGCCACUUGAAUUUGGAUGACGUGUUGCUUCAUGCGACGGAGCCGGCGGUGCGUCGUGAGGACGGCUACAACUAUAAUGGAGCGCAUGGCCGCGCCGGUGCCGUUUAUGACCGCGUCUGCAGCGAGAGCGAGGGACACUACGAGUUCAUUCCUGCGCAACUGGAUAUAGAUCGCGUAGCAGAAACCUUCAACUCCGUGGAAAUCUAUGAAGAACGCCCUCGAGUGACCCAGUGGCGGUCAGUGGAAUCGGUCACUGAGACCGCUGGUACCGAGGCCACUGAGACCGAAGGAGCUGGGAGCAAGGCCUCAGCAGACUCCGUGUCUAUGUACUCGUCUCGAAGCCAUGAGGAAGCCAGGCCCAGGCGAAGGCAUCUACAAGCGUCGCUCGAUGAUAUGCUGGUGUUGGGCCUGAGAGACCCGCCUGCGAGUAACAGAGACGACGACAACUUUGUGCAUCCUUCUUCUAUUAAAUGCAAGGUCCGCAAAUCAAUGAAGCCACUCAACUUGCUCUCCAAAACCAAGAACAUACUAUCGGGGCGCGACCGCUCACGCGAUUCCCGCGACCGUUCACGGGACUCCCGCGACCGCUCCUGCGACUCGAGAGACAAGUCCCGGGACUCGAGAGACAAGUCCCGGGACUCGAGAGACAAGUCCCGGGAUUCUAGAGACAAGUCCCGGGAUUCAAGAGACAAGUCCCGGGAUUCAAGAGACAAGUCGCGGGAUAAGUCCCGGGACGCAAGAGACGCGAGGCGGCGGGCGCUCAGUGCUAGUGCUAGUGAAGUGUGCUCCGGGAAUACGGCCUCUGAUGAUGGAUUGGCGGCGGCUGCAAGUGAACCUGAUCUGAGAGAUACACAGAGCGAGCAGUCGUCGCCAUUCCGGCGCUGGACGACCGGCAGCGGCGCCGGCAGCUCGUACCGCCAUCACGACCACAGAAACAUGUAUAAUAAGCAAAUGAGCGAAGGCUCAGCGCCAGUGGGAGGCACCGGCAGUGGCGGCGUGGCGCGCUGGUCGCUCGGGCUCGAGCAGCUGUUAGCUGACCCCGCCGGCGCGGCCGCUUUCGCGCACUUCCUCGCUAAAGAGUUCGCGGCUGAGAACAUCAGGUUCUGGUGGUCAUGCGAGCAGUACAGCUCAACAGAAGACCCUGAGAAACGCGCAGAGAUAGCUCAAGAGAUCUGGCACCGGCAUCUAGCGGACAAGGCGUCAGAACCGGUCAAUGUCGACGCCGCAGCGCGCCGCGCCGCACAACUCCGUCUGGACCAGCAGCCGGCGCCGCUUGACCUGUUCCAGCAGGCCCAGAAGCAGAUCUUCAACGUGAUGAAGUUCGACAGCUACCCGCGCUUCCUUCGCUCGGGCGUGCACGCCGAAUGCGCGCGCGCGGACCUCUGCGGCCGGCCCUCGCCCUACGCGCCCGCAGACCCGGAACCCGCUAAGCAAAGUCCCCUAAAGAAGUCAGCCAGCAAUGCCUCCGAGAGGCGGCGUAGUGGCGGCGCGUCCCUGCUCCCUUGGAAGCUGCGUGCGCCCUCGAGAGACCGCCAGCCGCCCGCCAGCCCGCCGCCGCCGCUUGCUGACCGCAGGAAUCUCGCCUACGCUGCGUAUGACGUGCAGCUGAAGGACGAUGCCCUGUGGGCCGGCUGUUCGCUCUGCCGCGUGGUGCUCCCGGACGGCGCUACGUCGGUGGUGGGCGUGGAGCCGGGCGUGCCGGUGCGGCGCCUGGUGGAGCGCCUGCUGCAGCGCCGGAACCUCGCCGCCGCCGCCUACGACGUGCUGCUGAAGGACGCCGGACAGCGCAGGAACCUCGCCGCCGCCGCCUAUGACGUGCUGCUGAAGGACGCUGGACAGCGUAGGAACCUCGCCGCCGCCGCCUAUGACGUGCUGCUGAAGGACGGGGGACAGUGGGCGGGCUGUUCGCUCUGCCGCGUGGUGCUCCCGGACGGCGCUACGUCGGUGGUGGGCGUGGAGCCGGGCGUGCCGGUGCGGCGCCUGGUGGAGCGCCUGCUGCAGCGCCGGAACCUCGCCGCCGCCGCCUAUGACGUGCUGCUGAAGGACGCUGGACAGCGCAGGAACCUCGCCGCCGCCGCCUAUGACGUGCUGCUGAAGGACGCUGGACAGUGCAGGAACCUCGCCGCCGCCUAUGACGUGCUGCUGAAGGACGCUGGACAGCGCAGGAACCUCGCCGCGGCUGCGUAUGACGUGCUGCUGAAGGAUGCGGGACAGUCUCGCCAGUGGGCGGGCUGUUCGCUCUGCCGCGUGGUGCUCCCGGACGGCGCUACGUCGGUGGUGGGCGUGGAGCCGGGCGUGCCGGUGCGGCGCCUGGUGGAGCGCCUGCUGCAGCGCCGGAACCUCGCCGCCGCCGCCUAUGACGUGCUGCUGAAGGACGCUGGACAGCUCUCUCUUAUCUCUCCCUGCAUCAUCCCUGAAAUCUGCGCCGCGUAUGACGUGCAGCUGAAGGACGAUGCCCAGAUACACAUCAUACAGUUAAGUAGCUUAGCUAAAGUAGCUCAAGAACAUUGGUCAGGCACGGAUGGAGCUGAAGAGGACAUCGAUGGUAGAUAUCAGCAGCAUCCAACCUCAUCUCUUGCCAUGGAGUCUCCCUGCAGCGCAGCAACCCUGCCUGCGCCACUUAUGACAUGCUGCUCAAGGAAGAGACACUUAGAAGAGACUAGGGCAUUAGAGGUCCAGGUACGUGGCAGGCUUCAGUCUCGCCAGUGGGCGGGCUGUUCGCUCUGCCGCGUGGUGCUACCGGACGGCGCUACGUCGGUGGUGGGCGUGGAGCCGGGCGUGCCGGUGCGGCGCCUGGUGGAGCGCCUGCUGCAGCGCCGGAACCUCGCCGCCGCCGCCUAUGACGUGCUGCUGAAGGAUGCCGGACAGUGCAGGAACCUCGCCGCCGCCGCCUACGACGUGCUGCUGAAGGAUGCCGGACAGUGCGGCAACCUUGCCUGCGCCACUUACGACAUGCUGCUCAAGGAAGAGACACUCAGGCUUCAGUCUCGCCAGUCGGCCGGCUGUUCGCUCUGCCGCGUGGUGCUCCCGGACGGCGCUACGUCGGUGGUGGGCGUGGAGCCGGGCGUGCCGGUGCGGCGCCUGGUGGAGCGCCUGCUGCAGCGCCGGAACCUCGCCGCCGCCGCCUAUGACGUGCUGCUGAAGGAUGCUGGACAGCGCAGGAAACUCGCCGUGCUGCUGAAAGACGCGGGACAGGUACGUGGAAGCUUUCAGGUUUUAGGCAGCAUCCAGCUUCCAGGUAUUGCUGAAGAAGUGAGGAACUACACGGCCGCGUACGACGUCUUACUGACCGUCGCUGAUCAGUCGGCGGGCUGUUCGCUCUGCCGCGUGGUGCUCCCGGACGGCGCUACGUCGGUGGUGGGCGUGGAGCCGGGCGUGCCGGUGCGGCGCCUGGUGGAGCGCCUGCUGCAGCGCCGGAACCUCGCCGCCGCCGCCUAUGACGUGCUGCUGAAGGACGCCGGACAGUGCAGGAACCUCGCCGCGGCCGCGUAUGACGUGCUGCUGAAGGAUGCCAGACAGUGCAGCAACCCUGUCUGCGCCACUUAUGACAUGUUGCUCAAGGAAGAGACUCAGGUACGUGGCAGGCUUCAGUCUCGCCAGUGGGCGGGCUGUUCGCUCUGCCGCGUGGUGCUCCCGGACGGCGCUACGUCGGUGGUGGGCGUGGAGCCGGGCGUGCCGGUGCGGCGCCUGGUGGAGCGCCUGCUGCAGCGCCGGAACCUCGCCGCCGCCGCCUAUGACGUGCUGCUGAAGGACGCCGGACAGCGCAGGAACCUCGCCGCGACUGCGUAUGACGUGCUGCUGAAGGAUGCCGGACAGUGUAGGAACCUUGCCGCGGCUGCAUAUGACGUGCUGCUGAACGAUGCUGGACAGGUACGUGGCAGGCUUCAGUCUCGCCAGUGGGCGGGCUGUUCGCUCUGCCGCGUGGUGCUCCCGGACGGCGCUACGUCGGUGGUGGGCGUGGAGCCGGGCGUGCCGGUGCGGCGCCUGGUGGAGCGCCUGCUGCAGCGCCGGAACCUCGCCGCCGCCGCCUAUGACGUGCUGCUGAAGGAUGCUGGACAGUGGGCGGGCUGUUCGCUCUGCCGCGUGGUGCUCCCGGACGGCGCUACGUCGGUGGUGGGCGUGGAGCCGGGCGUGCCGGUGCGGCGCCUGGUGGAGCGCCUGCUGCAGCGCCGGAACCUCGCCGCCGCCGCCUAUGACGUGCUGCUGAAGGAUGCUGGACAGGGCGAGUCGGCAACCAUCGACCUAUCCUCUCCAUCGACCAUUAUCGGCGGGCGUGAAGUAGUGGUUGAACGUCGCGCGGUCGUACGAGUGGAAUUAGCUGGACGCGUGGUGGCCGUUAGAUGUAGACCCGCGCGCCGGUUGAGACAUGUUCUGAGGCCGGUGUUAGCAAGAUACGCGCCUGCACACGCCUUGGUCACACAAAGAUUGGUGCUAAGAGACGGCUGCCAUGUCCAUCCUGAUACGCUCAUGCAGGAACUAGACGGAGCACGGCUUCAAAUUGUAGAAGUGUCUGAGAGCACGACGUGCACGGCCGAGCGCGACGACGACGCCGACUCGCUUAGCGACCUGGCGCUGCGGCUGCAAGACGACGCCAAGGAGUUCGAUGCCCAGAGCGCGAGCAGCUCCACCAGAAGUAUGUCCAACGGCUUCUCUACUCCCGGCCUGGCGACAUCGCUCGCCGCCGGCCUGCCCGCGCUGCCCCCCGCGCUGGGGGCCCCG